AUGCCUUGCAGACUCCGGAACCGCGUGCUCCAGACUGGCUCAGGCGGGUCAAGCGAUCUUUUGCCAGACCCAAGUGACACGCAAACUUGGCAGACGGUUGUGCGGGUGUGCACAUGUCGACAAACCGGCAGACCGACGGGUGCCGAGGCGUCUUCCUCCGGAGGAGGCCGACGCUAUUCGGUUCUGCUGACAGCACAAGUCGCGUCAGCAACCGAGCCCACGUCUGAGGCAGCCUCGUUCGCAUCGCGAUUGCUCUCUCUCUCUUUCUCGUCUCUUGUCCCUCUGUCCCUCUGUCUAUCUGCCUACCUGACUUGGCGUCAUGGCAACAGCAAUAGCAACAGCAACAGCAACAACAGCAGCAAAAGUAUGCGGACUCUGGUCGAAAUCUCCCGCCACUUCGAGACUGGGCGGCAGGCCAAAAGAGGCCAAAGCAGUGUCGUCUUCCGUUCUGCACCGUCUCGCAUGACCACAUGUCGACAUCACAAGCCAGGCCAAAAGGGAUCUGCAGCCAACCCUCAACUCCGAUACCGUGUCUAG